CUCACUUCCUGCCCGGCCAUACCGGUAACGGCUCCGGCAGAGGUCCCGGACCGGCUCCGCCAGCCCCGCUCCGCCAGGCUCGGGCCCAGCCUGGCCCGGCCCGGCCCGGCCUGGCCUGCUGCCAUGUCGUUCCGCAAGGUGGUACGUCAGAGCAAGUUCCGGCAUGUUUUCGGGCAGCCGGUGAAGACAGAACAGUGCUACGAUGACAUCCGCGUGUCCCGGGUUACCUGGGACAGCACCUUCUGUGCCGUCAACCCUGCUUUCGUGGCCAUCAUUGUGGAAGCCAGUGGUGGGGGCGCCUUCCUUGUCCUGCCCCUGCACAAGACCGGACGCAUUGACAAGUCAUACCCCACGGUAUGUGGGCACACAGGCCCUGUUCUCGACAUAGACUGGUGCCCCCACAAUGACCACGUCAUUGCCAGUGGCUCGGAGGACUGCACUGUCAUGGUCUGGCAGAUCCCUGAGAAUGGACUCAACCAGCCUCUGACAGAGCCCGUGGUGGUGCUGGAAGGGCAUUCAAAGCGCGUGGGCAUCGUCACAUGGCACCCCACUGCCCGCAAUGUCCUGCUCAGUGCAGGGUGCGACAACGUGGUGCUGAUCUGGAAUGUUGGCACGUCGGAGGAGCUGUACCGCCUCGACGGGCUGCACCCUGACCUCAUCUACAGUGUCAGCUGGAGCCGCGAUGGCGCCCGCUUCUGCACUGCCUGCAAGGACAAGAGUGUGCGGGUCAUCGACCCCCGCCGGGGCACUGUUGUGGUGGAGAAGGAGCGGGCACACGAGGGGGCACGGCCCAUGCGGGCCAUCUUCCUGGCUGAUGGCAAGAUCUUCACCACCGGCUUCAGCCGCAUGAGUGAGCGGCAGCUGGCGUUGUGGGACCUGGAGAACCUGGAGGAGCCCAUGGGGCUACAGGAGCUGGACUCAAGUAAUGGGGCCCUGCUGCCCUUCUACGACCCUGACACCAAUGUGGUCUACGUGUGUGGCAAGGGCGAUUCGAGCAUCCGAUACUUUGAGAUCACAGAGGAGCCGCCCUACAUCCACUUCCUCAACACCUUCACCAGCAAGGAGCCACAGCGGGGCAUGGGUUGGAUGCCCAAGCGUGGGCUGGAUGUCAGCAAGUGUGAGAUUGCCAGGUUUUAUAAGCUGCACGAGCGCAAGUGUGAGCCCAUCAUCAUGACAGUGCCAAGGAAGUCGGACCUUUUCCAGGACGACCUAUACCCUGACACGGCAGGCCCCGAGGCAGCCAUGGAGGCAGAGGAGUGGGUGGCAGGGCAGACGGCAGGGCCGGUGCUCGUCUCCCUGCGCCAGGCCUACAUGCCCAGCAAGCAGCGGGACCUCAAGGUGAGCCGCAGGAACGUGCUCAACGAGGGACGCCCUUCGGUGGCUCCUGCCGUGCCAUCAACUGCUGCCGCUUCCCCCGCUGCUGCUGCACCCGCCCGCCUCAGUGCCCCGCCAGCCCUAGGCACUGCCACCGCUGGCUCCACGGCGGGCGGGCGGCUGGAGGAGGUGCUGCAGGAGGUGGCCGCCCUACGCCUGCUGGUGACAGAGCAGGGCCAGCGCAUCUCCCGCCUCGAGGAGCAGCUAAGCCGCCUUGAGAACGGCCACGUCUAGGGCGGCCGGGGCCCAGGCCGCUGCCCCGAUACUCCCACCCCCUUCGGGGACCCCAGCAUGCCGCAGGGACCACAGCCAGGACCAUAGCUCUGCCCACAGCCCCCCAGUGCUGUCCAGACCUCCCAGGGACCCCAGCCCUGUCCUCUGACCCUCUGGUACCAUGCCUGGGGGCUCCUUCCUGCUGCUGGGCCCCCUUGUUCUGUACGGCUGACCAAACCCCCACCUCCCCUUUUCCUGUGGCAGCUUCCCCCAUCACCCCCAUUGCCUUACUGGGUGCUGCCCUUGGCUGUGCCCCCCAAAUCAUGGACCCCCGUUAACUGCCCCCUCAGGAUGGGGGCAUCAUUCUAGGAUCAAACACUAUAUGCCCUGCCCUCUGCCCCCCAUUUCCCUGUGGGGUUGUGGGGUCUUCUACCCCUCCUAUGGGGCAUGGCAUUAUCUGCUCCAUGCCAAUGGGAGCAUGUCCCUCCCUGUAUUUUGGGGGGUUCCUCCCCUCAUCUCAUUUCCUCUCCCCUUCCCAUUAUGCAGGGUCAAAAUCUAUAUUUUCACUCCAAAUAAAGGUCUUUAUAAGAAA